CGUUGCGUUGAUAUUACGGUUAUUGUUACCGUUUUAUCGGCCCAUUCGAUCGAUCCGUUUUAACGUCUGGUUUGUUUCCCUAUAGUAGAGAAUGCCAAUGACAUGCCAAUGUCUGUACAACCGUGGACGAAACAUGCGCCGAAAAUGACACAGCCUAAUCUCGAUUAUAUCGCUCCAGAAAUACAACAAAAGAAACAGGGAAGCUUCUACAGCGACAUGUACAGCUUCGGCAUGACUAUUUGCGCGAUUUUCAAUCAAGGUCGACCACUGAUUCAAGCGAAUCACAGUUGCUCCGAAUACCUCAAGCAAAUAGAGAACCUUCAGAAACAAGUCGACGUGAUGUUGCCUUUGAUUCCACUUCCGCUUCGAGAAGCUGUUAGUCGUCUGUUGCACAACGACCCGGCACAAAGACCGACCGUUCAAAUUCUCUUGCUGAUGAAAUAUUUUCAAGAUCCGCCGGUCUAUGGACUUCAAUUCUUGGACGUGAGCAAAAUGAAAAACGUGCUGCAGAGGGAGCAUUUUUACACGACUACUCUCAAAGGAAUAUUGCCGUAUAUACCAAAGAAGCUGUGGUAUCAACACAUUUGGACUUACCUGGAAACUGAACUAGAAAGUCAGGAAGUUCAGUCAGCUGUUCUACAGCCAGUGCUCUAUAUCGUAGAAAAGAGUACGCAAGAGGAAUACAAUUGUAUCGUAUUCCCCGCAUUGAGGACACUUUUCGCAAAUCGCAAGUCGGUCCAAGGAACGGUCACGCUGUUGGAGAAUUUACAUCUAAUACUAGAGAAGACACCACGGGAGUACAGGGAGAAAGAAGUGCUUCGUUUUCUUUACGAAUCUUUUGAAAAUUCCACUACUCAGGUACAGACGGCGGCGUUCGUAGCCGUGGCGAACGUGACCGAGUACAUCGAAGACGACGAGGCCGUUCGAAAUAUCAUAUUUCCAAAGUUGUUUCAAGCGUUUGAACAAAAUUCGGUUGACCCGCGAGUGCUGAUGAACGUGAUUCCUUGCAUUCUGAACCGGCUAGAGAAGCAGGAAAUUGUCGAUUUAAUCCUUCCGUUGUUGUACAACGCGAACCUUCAGGAGCCGGAGGUUAUUUUUAGGGUUGUAAAAAUUUAUAGAUUAAUGUUGACCGAUAAAAAGUAUGGGCUGACGGCGAACUGGAUGGCAACUCGAGCAAUGCCCUCCUUGCUACCUCAAACGGUCAAUUCAGCUUUAAACCUCGAGCAAUUUGAACUACUUCACAAAGUUUUGCAAGACAUGCUCAGUCACAUCGAGAGGACUCAGCGGAAUCAGUUGUCGUUGGACAACCUGUCUCUGUCCAGUCCGGAAAGACAUUGGAGUUUACGACAUCAAUACAGCACGAAUAAUAUGCAUGCCCCGACGUUCAAUAUACCGAAUCUCCGAAUCGAACAGAGAAAGACGUCCUCCGCUGAAGACAUGGCUAGGAAAACGAGCAUAGGUUCGAUAUCGAUGACAAGGUCGGCAGAAAACAUGACAAGAAAAAAUUCGAUGGCCGCUGUGUUGGGUUGGUUCUCGCCGUCGUCGAAGAACGACAACAACUUCCUCAGGGUGGCGAAUGCCUUUUCGAGUCGACGUUCAUCGGAUAUUACUCUAAUGGCACCAAAGAUACGCGUGGUGCAGUCCUGCGUGAGUUCGCCAGGUGGGACACCCGGUGGUGGAUUACCAUUUCGACGGCACUCGAGUACUGGUUCGCAAGACAAGCGCGAAUCCAGCAUCAAUUUGUCACCUCCCACGGGAGGUAUGCCGAUUACCAGUAGCAGCGUCCCACACUUGUGGAGCUCGAGCAUGAACAGUAUACGCGGCUCGAGACGUCCGUCGGUUUCGUCGACGUCGCCCCAACAGGGUACCGGACUGCUGCAGCAGGUUGGGUCCAGCAUGGUAAGACAACAACUCCCCAUCUGCCUGAACCUCAAUGGACCACCACCACUACCACCACCACCACAACCACCAACACUCUCUCCAUUACUCCAGCUAUCGGGACAGCUUUCCCACUGACCCUUCGUUACAGUUACCAGUUCCUCAGUAGACAGUUUGACGCAGGAACUGUAACAACGAGACGCUGAAUCGUCCAACGUGUAUCGAAGCAACGAGCGAUCGUUGAGACAAGGUUACGAGGUAAUCGAUCGCACAAUCAAGAAAGUCACAUUAAUGUUUUAUGGAUCGGAUUGCGAGAAAGCGGAAAUCGGUGUUGCAUAUUUCAUUCGAUGAAUUGUAAUGUGCCCCGGCAACUCGUUUUUAUUUCAGGGCCUAAAAUCUAAUCGAUAAGAAUUUCUCUUUUCUCGCUGUGAAACGAAAGAUUUCAACAACUUACCACUGCUCGCGUACCGUGUGUCGUGGCUUUCGUUUAGUAAACGUUCGAAUGCGCUCCACGCGCAUAUAGAAUACUUUACGUUCGUCCAAUGUUUCCAAUGCACAAGUACAGUGUUGAAAGUAUCAUUAUAUUUCGUGUUUCGAUCGUGUAUACCACUGUGUGUACCCGCAAGUAUCGAUAGCCUCCGUAGAGGCAGAAGAAUUUUCUCUUUCUCCGUGACUCUCUUUCUCUUUUCAUUCAAACUAGAAUAGAAUAUUCGGGAUGUCAAGAUUCUAUGUCAAUUGUAGCACUAUCAAUUUUCUGGUAGAUUUUUGUAAAAGUGAUUUCGCGUUACCACGAAAUUACACGAAAUUACACGAAAUUACACGAAAUUACACGAAAUUACACGCAAGUUCGUCUAAUCUCGAAGAUCGCGACAAGUUUGUCGGCGCAGAAGCAAUGUUACGAAUACGAUACCCACGCGCAGCCUGGGUAAAAAAGAAUGGGCACCGCGAGUCUGCGAUGGUGCGAAACGUAAGGUAUUUCUGGGAUUGGGGGGUGCAAAUGUAUCGAUACAUAUCAAAGGGCGCAAUUAUUUGCGCGGUAGCCUAACGAAAUUUAGAGAUCUCGGUGGUCGCAUUUCAAAGUACCAAAGUGUCAAUCGGUCGUGCUUCAAAAUAUUAUUCCGCCCUCGAUAAACGUAAUUUGAUUCGAUAUUUAAUAUUCGCUACUCGAUAGUAGUCGUUUGUACGAUGUCCAUACGAUGCGUGCGAGAAUACUGGUGUUACCUCGUUCGAAGCGCAAGUACGCGCUGGAAAAGAAGACGACCGUACUUGACGUUUCGAAAACGGAAAACGAGAAAUAGGAGAAAAACGAGAAAACUAGAAAAAAACAGAAAAACAGAAAAAUUGGGAAAACGGAUGAAGGGGGAGGACGAGUAGAAACGAGAAUUUUCAGAGUACGCGAACCUAACAAGUCAAGUGUCCUUAAGGUUUGCGCGGAACGGUCCGGCAUGACCAAAAUUAGAUACCGAAUCACGGACAACUCUGAACAAUCUUGGUUAGGUAUUGCAAAAUCUUGGACAAUCUUGGACAAUCACGGAUAAUCGUCGACAAUCAUUUUCGAGCUUCACGAGUCGUUAGGCAAAGUCUUAUUCGAUUCGAAUGGAAGCAUCGGUAGAGAGACUCGUGAGAUUUAACGCGUAUUCGUACGUUAAGAAAUAUUGAAAGCAAAUGUCGAAGCGUCGAUAGGUCAGUUGCAGUCGAACCGAUCGACUCCUAGAUCCGCGUUGUCGGCGUGUUUUGCGCGCGUUUAAUGCUUGUCAUUUACGAUCGGGAAAUAACAAUCGUUCUCUCGAAGCGUCGAUUCUUGAACGCGUACCUGCUAGAUGAUCAUUCGUAGGAGGCGUAGUCCUCGGUAAUUCUCCAAACACUCGAGUCUAAUGAUUUCGAAAACUUUUCGUUUUCCUCGACGGCCGUACACUUGCUAUCGAACUCGUGUAGCGGAUAACGUAACGAGCGCGGUCAGGACUGCGGCAACGUCGUUGCAUCGUUGCAACGGUUCUCGCGAGAGCAAACCGUUUCGUCGAGCGUUCCGACCGGUCGGCCGAUCAUUCGUACAUUACAUACAUAUGUUGAACGUGCAUGGUUAGUUUUCUUCGUGUUACUAGAAGAAACGUGUUUACAAGAUGGUCGCCGACAUGGUCGCUUGUCGUCGUUGUUCUAUUCUACACUAGAAUUCUUCUAGACGAGUCGUCCACGUAUCAAGUGCAUCGUUCGAUCUCGAUGUCUCGUCGAAAAUAUGUGUUGACGAGGAACAAAUCCAAUUUCAUGUUUCCCGUAAGAUUAUCGACGCGUAGACAACACGCGAUCUAUCCUUUUUUCCGACUCGUUCGAUCAUUGUUCAAUAUUAUCGACAUGAAUGUAUUUUUCCUGUAUUUCUUUCGAAAGAAUACUAUAUACAAUAAAGAGAAACGGCGUGUCGAGUCUGUCUGUUCUGGUGUGCGUUUCA